AUGUCUCAACCCGAACCCAAGCGUGUCAAAGUUGAUGAUGACGCUCCCUACGAGCUCAUUUAUUGGCCCGGUCUCCCUGGCCGUGGCGAGUUCGUCCGUCUCGUCUUCGAAGAGGCUGGAGUUCCCUAUACGGACAUUGCCCAGAACCAAGAGAAGGCAUUCGAUGCCGUCACGAAACUCACAGCCCUUGAUAACGUUGGCGAUGAGCAUAAUCCUCCCGCCCUAGCUCCUCCAGCGCUCAAGCACGGCAAUCUACUCAUCUCUCAAACAACCAACAUCCUUCUCUACGUUGCACCUAGAGUUGGUCUGGCACCCAAAGAGGGCAAUGGCGUGUACCACCUCAACGAGAUUGCGUUGACCAUUAUGGAUGGUCUUGUUAAUGAACUCCAUGACACUCAUCACCCUAUUGCUGUUGGCCAGUACUACUCCGAACAAAAGGAGGAAGCCAAGAAAAGAUCUAGCUACUUCAUCAAGGAGCGUCUUCCCAAGUAUUUCAAAUACAUGCAGCGAUUGUUCGACGCCAAAACUAGCGGACAAGGGCCAUGGUUGUAUGGUGACAGUCUCACUUAUGCAGACCUCGUACUAUUCCAAGCUGUCGAUGGUACCAAGUUCGCCUUUCCCAAAGCUGUUGAAAAAAUGGAAAAGUCUGGCGAGUACGAUGGUGUAUUCAAAGCAUACCAGGCCGUCAAAGAGAGACCCAACAUCAGCAAAUAUCUCGAAAGCGAUAGGCGUCAAGCAUACGGGGAUGGAAUUUACCGAUACUACCCUGAGUUGCAGGAAGAUGAAGAAUGA